CGGAGUCGUAGUGUCGUAGCUCGUCCACAGCGCCCCCUGCAGUCAUGUGUGAUGAUGAGGAGAGCACCGCUCUGGUCUGUGAUAAUGGAUCCGGCCUCUGCAAGGCGGGGUUCGCCGGAGACGACGCCCCCAGGGCGGUCUUCCCCUCCAUCGUGGGCAGGCCCAGGCACCAGGGCGUGAUGGUGGGCAUGGGACAGAAGGACAGUUACGUGGGAGACGAGGCUCAGAGCAAGAGAGGAAUCCUCACCCUGAAGUAUCCCAUCGAACAUGGAAUCAUCACCAACUGGGACGACAUGGAGAAGAUCUGGCAUCACUCGUUCUACAACGAGCUGCGAGUGGCUCCAGAGGAACAUCCCACUCUGCUGACGGAGGCGCCGCUCAACCCGAAGGCCAACAGGGAGAAAAUGACCCAGAUCAUGUUUGAGACCUUCAACGUUCCUGCCAUGUAUGUGGCCAUCCAGGCCGUCCUGUCACUGUACGCCUCCGGAAGAACCACAGGUAUCGUCCUGGACUCAGGCGACGGCGUCACCCACAACGUUCCGAUCUACGAGGGCUACGCUCUGCCUCACGCCAUCAUGAGGUUGGACCUGGCGGGACGGGACCUGACCGACUACCUCAUGAAGAUCCUGACGGAGCGCGGCUACAGCUUCGUCACCACCGCGGAGAGAGAGAUCGUCCGAGACAUCAAAGAGAAGCUGUGUUACGUGGCUCUGGACUUUGAGAACGAGAUGGGGACGGCAGCGACCUCGUCCUCUCUGGAGAAGAGCUACGAGCUUCCUGAUGGUCAGGUCAUCACCAUCGGCAACGAGAGGUUCCGCUGCCCGGAGACGCUGUUUCAGCCGUCCUUCAUCGGUAUGGAGUCCGCUGGGAUCCAUGAGACCACGUACAACAGCAUCAUGAAGUGUGACAUCGACAUCCGUAAAGACUUGUACGCCAACAACGUCCUGUCGGGAGGAACCACCAUGUACCCGGGGAUCGCCGACCGCAUGCAGAAGGAGAUCACCGCGCUGGCGCCCAGCACCAUGAAGAUCAAGAUCAUCGCCCCCCCCGAGAGGAAGUACUCGGUGUGGAUCGGCGGCUCCAUCCUGGCGUCGCUCUCCACCUUCCAGCAGAUGUGGAUCAGUAAGCAGGAGUAUGACGAGGCCGGGCCGUCCAUCGUCCACCGCAAGUGCUUCUAG